UGUGGAAGCAGCUGCAGCUUCGAUAAGGGCCCCAAGAGCGUCCCAACUGCUGUGCCGGCGCAGGCGCCUCCUGAACUAUCUCCGAAACUAAGGAAGCCCGGCAUCCUGGCGGCGGAAAGGCCCACCCCGACUGCCUGCUGUGGCCAAGCUGCGUCAGCGGCGGUGCACGGCGGCCGCGAGGCUGGAUCAGAGCGACGCAGUGCGCCCGCGGAGAGCCGCGCCCCGCCAAGGUGCAUUACCAGGUCCUUCUACCGGAACGUGGUGGGUGUCCUGCUGGUCUUCGAUGUGACCAACAGGAAGUCCUUUGAACACAUCCGAGACUGGCACCAGGAGGUGAUGGCCACGCAGGGCCCUGACAAAGCCAUCUUCCUGCUGGUUGGCCACAAGAGUGACCUGCAGAGCACCCGCUGUGUCUCGGUCCAGGAGGCAGAGGAGCUGGCUGCUUCCCUGGGCAUGGCCUUUAUGGAGACCUCAGCCCAAAACAAGCACAACGUGGACCUGGCCUUCCACACGCUCGCAGAAGCCAUCCAGCAAGCCCUGCAGCGAGGCGACAUCAGGCUGGAGGAGCACUGCGGGGGUGUCCGCCUCAUCCAAAUCCCGAGGUCACCCCCCAGGAAGCAGCAGCCAGGCCCCUGCCAGUGUUGACUCUGGGAGGGGAAGAGUAAAGCAGGGGCAACCCCGAAGAGCGGCGGGACGGGAGG